AUGUCGGAACAGCAGGACACCACAUCGGAACACACAUCGAAACGGGGCAACAACCCCAAGUACAGAGGCGGCUCCAAAAAGAAUAGCAAUACAGCCAAUGGCGGCGGGCUCUCGCUUGAACUUAAACAGAAAUUCCAAACUUUGACAGAGUUCUUCCCAGAUUGGACGUUCCAAGAUUUCGUGACAAUUCAGGAAGAGAUUGCAAAUGUCGACAUAACUGAAAUAUCCGAAGGCAUACUGACAGGGAAAAUCCAAAAAUGGGACCAGGUUGUCAAAAGGGACGAGAAAAAGAAGUCUCAGCAUACUGAAGAGCACCACGACGAGCCAUCGGCUCCUGCUCCUGUGCAGAUAGGUAAAAAGGCUCAUCAGCAAAACAGAUUUGUUAGUUCGAAGCCAAGACCAGUGCAUAAACAGAAAGACUCGACACCAGCCGCAUCUAAAGUGUCAAAACAGCCUGCUCCGUCUGCAACUGCCACCGCUCCAGCUCACCAGCCCGCCUCUUCUCUACCUUCCCAAGGCUCUUCGUGGGCCAGUGCGCUAGCCCAGAAGCCUGCGAAGGCUGCCAAGGUGCCUGUGAAGGAGGAAGCGCCAUCUGAGCCCAAGCCCGCCGAAAAGCCUGUGGUGAAGAAAGAGACCACCAAAGAGCCAGUCAAGAAGAAAGAGCACGUGACAGCUCCAUCUUCCGAGUCCAAGCCUUUGAGCUGGGCUGCUGCCGUGGCGCCAAAGCCAAAAAUUGCAAAGAGACCGGUUGCAGAGGCCAAGAAGGAGGAGCCUGCUGCCCCAGCACCAGAGCCUGUGGUUGAAGAAAAACAAGCUUCCCCCGAAAUCUCUAAGGAAACUCCUCCAUUCAAAAACACCAAAAAACCCAUUCGAGGAGCUCCGGUGGUUCUUCCAUCCUCGGCUACGCAAGUGGGUUCGGUAGACGGCAUUUCUUUCGGAUCGAUGACUUUGAACGACAGAGAGGAGGAGGUCAAGGAGCAACCAGCCCAGCCAGCCCAGCCAGCCCAGCCAGCCCAGCAGGUUCAACCAGCUCAGCCAGCUCAAGCCCCUCAACCUUCCCAGAGCGCUCAAAACGCACAGUCCGAAUACAACAAGAACUACAGAAACAACAGUCCCUACAAUAACUACCAGCAACCACAACAGCAACCACAACAGCAGCCACAGAAGCAACCACAGCAACAGCAGCAAAAGGCCUACGAUCAAUCCAACUACUACGGCGGACUUUCGGACCUCAACAGCUACUUGCGUUCUCCAGGAGCCAACGGCCAGUCGUACGAUCAACAGCAAUACCAGCAACUAUUCAACCAGCAACAACAGCUCCUGCAACAGCAGCAGGCUCUUGCUGGUGCCAAUCCUGCUGAGAUCAACGCACAGUCUUCGAUGGCUAACUCCAUGAAUCCGCACUCGUCCCAGGUCCAGGCCCAGCCCCAAGCUCCAGCACAAGCUGCUGCCGCUGCUUCCCCAGUGGCUCCAGGAAUAAGCAACCCUAUGAUGGGAAUGCCAGCCUCUUACUACCCUUACUUCAACUACUAUCUUCCAUUUUACUCUCAACCUAAUCCUGCUGCCAACCAGUUCUACAUGAACUACCAAGGCCAACAAUCUCCAUCCCAGGCUGUUCCUCCACAGCAAAAUAGUUUUGGAAAUACUUUCCAGAACAAGGUGUACGGCCACCAGCAGGCUGCUGCCAACGGGGGCGAGGAUGAGAGUUCUAAGACAACUGCAGGAGCACAAGGUGCUCAACAGCAGAUUAAUCCAGCCAUGCUGAUGCAACAGCAGUAUGCCCAGUACCAGCCACCAACCCCAGGAUCGCAAGCAGGUGCUCCGGGCUUGGCUGGUUCUCAGAUUGGUGGUGUGGCAGGUGCUGCUGCCGGAGCCGGCGUGUCCAGCACUCAGGCUUACCCAUAUUACCAAAACCAGUACCAGUAUCCGGGAGCUGGUGAUUACGGAAACAACACCAAGGGCUGGUUUUAA